AAAAUGAUUACAUACGUAGGGCAAGAAAUCCACGACACUGUUUGCACCUUCUGUAAUCAACUUUCUUCUCUCUCUUCUCUUUCCUUCUUCUCUCACUCACUCUCUCGAGGUAAUUUGCAAUGGCUGAACCUUCCAAGGUCAUUCACGUCCGAAAUGUGGGGCAUGAGAUAUCUGAAAAUGAUUUGCUUCAGCUAUUUCAGCCUUUUGGAGUCAUAACAAAGCUUGUUAUGUUGCGUGCCAAAAAUCAGGCACUUCUUCAAAUGCAAGAUAUUCCUUCUGCAGUUAAUGCUUUACAAUUUUAUUCAAAUGUUCAGCCAAGCAUAAGGGGGAGAAAUGUUUAUGUUCAGUUUUCCUCACAUCAAGAACUAACUACAAUGGAUCAAAAUCAAGCACGAGAGGAUGAGUCUGCUGUCGGCAACUCUCUGGAUGCACAGCCAAAUCGAAUUCUCUUAGUUACAGUUCAUCACAUGCUGUAUCCUAUAACAGCGGAUGUCCUACAUCAAGUGUUUUCUCCCCAUGGAUUUGUGGAAAAGAUUGUAACCUUUCAGAAGUCAGCUGGCUUUCAGGCUCUCAUCCAGUAUCAAUCCCGUCAAAGUGCUGUUGCUGCCAGAAGUACACUACAGGGACGCAAUAUUUAUGAUGGUUGUUGUCAGCUGGACAUUCAAUACUCAAACCUUGAUGAACUACAAGUGAACUACAAUAAUGAUCGUUCAAGGGACUUCACGAACCCAAAUCUGCCUACUGAACAGAAAGGUCGAUCUUCACAACCUGGAUAUGGUGAUGCAGGAGGCAUGUAUUCUGGAGCAAGGACAGCUGGAUUCUCACAGAUGGCCAAUGCUGCUGCAAUUGCAGCUGCCUUUGGGGGAGGUUUGCCUCCUGGCAUAACUGGAACAAAUGAAAGGUGUACAAUUCUUGUUGCGAAUCUCAGUCCUGAUAGAAUAGACGAAGAUAAACUGUUCAAUUUGUUCUCCAUUUAUGGGAACAUUGUCAGGAUUAAACUACUCCGAAAUAAGCCUGACCAUGCACUUAUCCAGAUGGGGGAUGGUUUCCAAGCUGAAUUAGCGGUACAUUUUCUGAAGGGAGCCAUGUUGUUUGGGAAGCGGUUGGAAGUCAACUAUUCAAAGUUUGCAAACAUAUCCCAAGGUGCUGAUACACACGAGUAUGUCAAUUCAAAUCUCAAUCGAUUCAACCGAAAUGCUGCAAAGAAUUAUCGGUAUUGCUGCUCCCCAACAAAAAUGAUCCACUUGUCCACCCUCCCACAAGACAUAACUGAAGAUGAGAUUGUAAGCCUUUUGGAGGAACAUGGUAACAUUGUCAACUGCAAAGUCUUUGAGAUGAAUGGUAAAAAACAGUCACUUGUUCAAUUUGAGACUGAGGAGCAGGCUACUGAAGCCCUUGUGUGCAAACAUGCAAGUCCACUUUCUGGAUCGGUUGUCCGUAUCUCCUUUUCUCAGUUGCAGAAUAUAUGAGCAUAAUAACUGAAGGAAAACCGAUUUAUGGUUGCUACUUGCUAAGCUUAUUAGGUUCUGAAUUUGGGAAGGAUAAUUUUUAUGCUGAUUAUGUCACCCUCAUUGUCAUUGUAAUGGUCUCUUUGCUUGCUAAUUUACUGAUAAAACCUGCUCUACUUUUUCUCUUUGAAUCAUUUCUCUCCUCAUUUGCCUCUACUAGAUUUUUAGGUUGCUAACAUAAAGUAGUGGGGCAAGCUUUAUUAUUGCAGACGGAUGUCGCCUUGAAGAAUAGAAAAGAGAGGGAAGUUAAGUUACUACCUUCUUCAGAGUUGAGGGAUUCUCUUAUGGUUGUUCUUAUUAUGAUUGUUGUAUAUGCUCUGUAAUUCAGGCUAAGUAGGUCUUUCUGUUGUAUUCUCAAUCCAUUUCAAUUUUCUUGUCCAGCUAAGUGAAAAACUACAUUUUUGUUUUGGUUUGUUUAUUCCUAUCUGCACUUUGUAGAAGCUA